UGUUAUGUCGUUGAAAAUAUCGAAAGGCAAGAAGUCAAGUAGACAAGAUGUUUUAUCGGCAUCUGAAAAAGAAAGAGGCAGCACUUAUUCAAAAGUUGAAGUUUCUGAUAGGAUUAUAAUGCAGGAGUAUACGAAUUUAUGCCAUGUUUUAAGCCUGUGGUCGGAAGAGACUUCGGAGCUGUCUGAAAUGUUUGUUUCAAAAGAAAAUGUACCUAAGCUUCCCUGGGACCAAUAUGCUCGGGAAAAGAUGGAAAAACGAUUGUUACAUUUGGAAAAUUAUGUGAUUUUGUUUGAACCGGCACCUAAAACGAGUAGAGAGCCACUUAGGUCGAGCUCGUCUGUUUGGAGUAAUACACUGAAAAGGCAUGCUGACCAAAUGACGGUUUGGAGAAAUGUAGAAUUUAAGGCUGAAAAGACGAAUCUCGAGAAGAAGAUUUUACAUUUCAGAACAGAAAACGAAAUUCUUUCGAAGCGAUACAUGCCUGUUGUUGAGAACAAUCUUCCAGAAACAAUAAAAGAACUUAUGCAAUCAUGUGAGCGUCUAAAAGGCAAAAUAUUAUGCGAGCUCAAGAAAUAUAACGCUUGUGAUGAAAUGCACAAAGUUCACGAGGAGACCAUGCCCCACAUAAAAGAAGAAUUUACUGACGGCGUUGGCGAUAAAAAACUGACAUCUUCGGAGAUCCCCAGUAAUUCAUUGUUAUGUCUUCAAGAUGACAAAAUGGACUAUUUUUAUGAUCAACAGCAAAAAGUACUUCGAUUGCUGACCAAAUAUUGUAAAUUGCUGCUUCGUGAAGAGAAAUUUGGCGCAACUUUCAACCCAUCGCUACCUCCCGAGGACGCAACAGCCAAUCUGAACGACUCAUUGAUGAGUGAGAACACUACAUCCUGUUCCUUUUUCUCCUCUCCAGACAGAGCAUCGCCGAGAAAACUAGCCGUGAACGUGAAGGCCUAUGACCUGAAAUCAGGAGAGCUGCGGGAAGCAAACACAAUGUAUGGACGGCUAGUCGAAAGAAGAGUAAAACAAAGUGUUGCGACUGGUGCUAUACAGUCUGCGUUGUCUCAGGUCAGAAAAGACUUGAAGGCCAAUGCGAUCGAGGUCAAAGAGAUCCAAGCUCAGCAUAACGACAGUGACGUCGUCAGGGACUCAAACGUCAAGAUAGUCGACCGACCCAGCUCAUUGCAAUUGAGGAGUCAAAUAUUACACCUGCGAGAGAGACAGUCCGUGUUGAGAGGGGAGGUGGAAGAGAGGCUAAAGAGUUUGCAGCUGCUGUGCAAAGCAGUGGGCAACAGCUGCAACUGUUCACACGAGAACCUCUCUUUUCUAGUUAAGAGAGACAGGCUGCAGAACUUCGUCAGUCAACAAAACAAGAUCCUGAGCUACCUGAACACAGUGCGUGAGCGGGGAGAUAGAACUCGGAAUAUUCUAGAAGGAGAGCAGACUGGACUGCGCAAACAGACCCUUCAUGCUGAGGCUGCUUUUGCAGAAGUGCACAGUCUGGACCAGUUCACGAAACAGCUACAGGAAGAUCUGAAAAGACUGAAUUUUUCUGGACAACGCAGGCAGCGGUUAACUAUCGCUCACAAAGACGAAUUGGCGCAAAAACUUCUCAUUGUUUUCAAGAAUGCACAACUCCGAACAGAAACCUGCGCUAGCACAUUAUCCCAAGCUAGUCAUGUAAAAUCUCAGAAAUAUAUCGCCGUCAAAGAGGAACCUCUGAAUGAAUCAACUUCGUCAUGCUCAUCAAUUGUAUCAAAAGAUAGUUCAAAUUUUGGGCGAAAUUUGAAGCGAGACAUAACCAAUUCGAUUUCAGCCGCGAAAACCGUUUUCAAGCAUGAGUUUGGGCAUGCAAAUAGCGUGGAGCUGCUGACAUAUGAUGAUUUGCUACAGUUCGUACAUAGACUGGAGAAAGAUAUUUCGUUGAGGAGCAAGGAAGUUGCAGCUGCUAUGCGAGUGAAGAGAGAUGAAAUCAAAGCGCUCGAGGAAUCUGUAACAAAGUGCGAGGCGUCUCUUUCACGCCUCAAGCAGUCUCAAGCGGAGCUUUCAAAGUGCAAGCAAUCUUUUGCGAAGGACUUGAGCCACAUAGAAAUGCAACUAGGAGGCCACAUGACACAAUGGGCUAACAUGCAGAGGUACUGGGAUUCGAACCCUGCUGCGAAGAUGGAGAGAGAUGCUUUUGUAGACUUCUUUUUGCGUCCCACUCAAACCAGUCUGAAUAUUUCUCGAUGGAAAAAAGGGUUUAGCUCUGCUGUUUCCGGAUCGUUUGGGUGCUAAUGCUAAGUAUGGUCAGAUACUUAAUGAAUUGCCUUUUGAAAAAUAUUCGAAAUAAUUUCGUGGGUUUUUUUACGGUAUUUUUUAAAGUAUCUAUGAUUGUUCAUGUAGUUUG